AUGGCUCCCCUCCUCAAGAGCGUGUUGCUGCUCUCAGUUUUGAGUGCAGCCACGGCAGAAAAGAUCAAGUCUAGCCAACCACUCCAAGGCGAAUCUUACGUCGGCCGCCCCGCUGUGCGACAUGCCAUGAGGCAAAAGACACGAUACGAACCAAGUUCCCAAAGCAUUCACCGAGACUCUGGAAACACACGCUCCGAAGACUACGAAGGCCCUCUAGGAGUCAAUCCCAAGGUCGAAGGGAUUAAAAUGGCACCUCCUUUCAACAUAUUCUGGGACGAGGAGGACCGAGUCUUGGCCACCAACCAGUGCCGAGAAAACACCACCUGUAUCGUCUCUCUUAACCCCAAUACGUUUGAUGUCGAAGCAACCUAUCCAGAGCCCAAUCAGCCUUCGGUCUUUUCUCAGCCCUUGAUGGUGUAUAUGCAACUGCUUGAAGGCCACAUCACCGCCUCGACUACUGAUCGCCACAUUCUUGAGCUGGAAAUUGCAGGUACGGGAACCAAGACGACAAUCGUCCCCAAGCGUGAUAUUGAUUUAUCCAACGUGACAUCGACAAACGAACUCAUUCUCAGCACCUCUUAUGACUCAGCUGGGAACUUGUGGUUCACUACCGGGGGUUUUGCCGGUGCAGGCUUCCGUGCUGGCGAUACGGCAACCCUUGGAUAUGUGGAACCAGGUGGCAGAGUUCACACCUUAAAGCUGCCCGACAGGAUGAUAGAGAACUCAUUUGGCAUAAGUGGGACCGACGUUUAUCUGGUUACGGGGCCAGCUGGGUCCGCUGACCAUGCCGAUGCAUCUGGAUCCUUUUUCUACCUGCAGCCGAGCCCUGAUGGAGUCAAACUCAUCGCAGGGCUGUCUUACAAGGCUGGAGAUGGUAUUAAGAAGGGCGGUAUAUCUCGCGGCUCUGGCUCAACACCUUCACUCCUUGGACAUAAAUAUGUGGCCUUCACCGACAACGCGAAUGACCAAGUCAACGUGCUUGUCUAUCCCCAAGGCUCAGCUCUCAACAACGACACCAAGCCACUCUGCACCGUCCCCCUCUUUGAAAAGGGCUUCAGCAGCAAUGAGAAUGUGGCGGUCAACCACUGGGACGGCAAGUCGACCUACAGCAUGGUCUUUGCCAACUUCUACAAUGGUCCUCCUAUCGCGCAGCUACAGGAUCCUCCGUUUGGUGAUGGAACGGACUCGGACCCUAACAUCCUCAAUGGGCCCUUUAAUAAUCUCAGCAUCAUGAGUCCUGGGCUUACUCGGAUUGAUUUCGAUGAAAGGACGGAAAAAUGCACUAUCCGCUGGUAUAACAAGAGCAUUCGAACUACCGUCACCCCCAUCUUGUCUACCAAGACCGGUCUGCUCUACAUGCCUACCCAGGACAACAAACUGGCGCAGCAAGGGAGCUAUAUAUACUAUAUGAGCGCCAUUGAUUUUGAGACAGGAAAGGAGGUGUGGAAAGUCCGAACUGGCGCUGGCGGCGUUUUUAGCAAUAACUUUCUUCCACCUGUGCUCACAAAGGAUGGAGGUGUCGGCCACUAUGUUAUUGGCGGCUUUGUCAAGGUCAAGGAUGGCAGAGAAACCUAA